AGAUGAAAUGAAAUAAUAAUAAGCUGUAGAAACCACAUCAGUAUUCCCUAGCUCUGUAAAACUAGUAUUAAGAAAAUAAAUCUGAUGUCGUCCAAGUUUAACAUGAUUUAUUGUGUCACUUCAAUCUAAAGCAAGAGCACCGAUGUUAAAACAUCAGUGUCUCUGUCCAUUGAUACUGUAGAGGGGUCCAGUCCAAGAUUUAGCCCAAUAUUUCGUAACAUUCUGGAUAUUUUAUCUAAGCACGUGAAAAGAGGAGAUCUGAUUAAGAAACCAUUUAUGGAAAAAAAAAAAAGUGUUUCUGGCUAAUUCAGUGAAUAGCCCGACAGAACGAGGUCAUUGAAUGCAACACUGCCUUAAAGUAGACCUGCUCUUUGACGACAGUGUUGUAGCUGAAAGAACAGCCUCGGUAGAAGCUGUUGUAAUCUGUUGUCUCACAUUACAUCCUUCAAUCCAUCAAACUUAUUUUUUUUGUAUGAACUGAAAGUAAAUGUUUAGUCGUUUGUACAUAUUUUUCUGCUGUUUGCCUUAAUCACAGAUAGUGCUGUUUGGUAUCAAGUCUACAGGUUUGUGCCGAAUUCAAAACUGCAUCAUUCAAACUCUUUUAGAUCACCCGUGUGUUGUGUGCUUGCUUGUGGAGUCAAACCUUUGGACUCAUCUUUGCGAUUUUUUUACUGUAUUUUCUGGUCAUUUGUUGUCCUGUAGAAUCUCUUCUGUGACUUUUUCAGAUACCUGAAAACAUUACAUUGUUGAGGACUUCUUACAUUCAAAAUUGUUUUGUUUCAUCUGAUGCUUGAGUCCUUAAAUAUGCCAGAACAAAAGUGCACAUGUUUUACAGUUUCAACUGUUCCAACGGUUGUUUUAUCUUGUAGUGGUUGUAUUCAUGAAUCCACACGGGAUGAUCUUACAACCCUACCGCUCUUUAUUUUCUUUAAUAAAAGUAUAAUAGUGUUGCUAGACUUAGACAUGGUUGACAUUUCCCCAAAUAAAAUCCCUAUUUUGUACUUUGUCUUGCAUGAUUUUUGAGUAAUACGAAUGAGGUCCAUCUUUUCAACGCCACACAUUUAUCCUCACUCUCCACUGAUGUCUGCAGUACACGAACCCCUCAGCUAUCUUAUCGCGAGACUUGCAAGCAAUUGUCACAUCAACCUGCUAGCUGCACGACGGGUCGCCGCAUCUUUUGAACGCGACUACAGCGCUUUCAUGGAUCAAAUGUUAGCCAGUGACUGUAUUUGACCACCGGCCUGCCAAGAGGCUUAGUCGACCUGCGUGUUGGCUUGUCUCCAUUGCAUGUAGCUUACACGGUUAGCUUCAGUGCUAGCCCUAGCUAUGGCCUAGCUCGUUAACAUGGCAACAACUCAUGGCAGCCCGCAGAUGUAAGGGUCAGCCAGUCGUCGUCGUCUUUAAAACAUCCUCGCUGACGCACAAGACGAUGGAGUCCGCGAGGAGCGCUUUCCACGCGCAGCUGGCCACCGUCAUGGACUCGCUGCUGGCCGCCGCCGUGUGCGAGAUCGCCAAGAUCUUCGAGAGCAGCCUGUGUGAGCAGCAGGCGGAGCUAGCGCAGAAAACGGAGCAGAUCUCCAGCCUCAGAGGCAAGCUGGAGAAAGUGGAGAGGAGGCAGAAGGCAAAGGGUGCAGGAGGAGGAGGAGGAGGAGGGAGCGAGGAAGGGGAGAUGUCAUCCGGAGACAGAGAGGGAAGUUUGAGGCAGCAGACCGUGGCAGGAUCAGGACUGCAUGUGGGAAAGGAUACGUCUCCUCAUUCAAACCCAGUAGAAGGACUCAGGCAGAGCCUCAGUGGGCUGAAAGAAGAGGUCAAAGGCCAGAAUGGUCCUUCAGUAAAACACGAGCGUGCUGGAUCUCGACCUUCCUUUGGGUCCGUCGCAGUCCAAGUCCCAGACGGAAGCCUCGCUGCCGGGGACCAGAGGCAGAUAGAGACCCUGUCUGGUGCACAAACCAAGGCCAAAUUGUCUCACUGGGAUCAGGACGGUGCAGACCACAGAUCUCUCCAGGAUCAAGCCUCCACCCCUUUUCUCUCAAUCUCCCAGAGCGGACGUUGCUCCCCUAGGCCCGACCCAAGCCUAGCUCAACCAGGGGAGUGGUUACCGGGGUUAACCGCCGCACGAGGUGGGGCGUCCGGUCUGGAGAACCUGCAGACGGACGGCACCAGCUGCUCCGGUCCAGCUAGCAGCAGCACCGGCGCAGAUACGCCCUGCUUCCGACCGGGUUUUGUCUCCGACGAGACCAGCAACGAAGAUGACGACAGCUCCUUCCCUUUCCUGGACCAGGAGCCUGAAAACCACAACUCCAACCAGAACUCGGUGCAGAGGGGGGCCCGCCAGGUUCAGCCCCAAGCCCCCUCUGGAGAAUCCCAGUGGAGACCCAGAGACGACAGGGGUGGGAGAGGCCCCAUCAAUCACACACGGCGGCUCACUACCUUUGGCAACAGAGACCCUCUCCGACCGCAGGCCAAUUCACAGUCGCUCCCGCUGCGACACACCAACACUCUGAGCCACCCUGCAGCUCCCGGCGGAGGGAGCGGACGGCCUUACACCUGCCCAUACUGCACCAAGUGUUUCACCUACCCCUCCCACCAGCGCAGACACCUUCUACGCCACACAGGAGUCAGACUGCAUCCCUGUCAGUUUUGUGACAAGAGCUUCCUCACUCCCUCUGAGCUCACCGUGCACACUCGCACGCACACAGGGGAGCGGCCGUUCGGCUGCGCUCAGUGUGGGAAACGUUUCGCCCGCAGCGGGAACCUGAGAGCCCACCAACGGGACGUUCACAUGGGGAAGAGGCCCUUUGCCUGCGCAGAGUGCGGGAAGAGAUUUGCCCACAGGGGGAACCUGAGGGUGCACAAUCACAGAGUCCAUCAAGGAGAUCCCUACUACAUGGAUGAACAGCCGGAGCCUGACGUCGGCCCCAAUCCCAUUUGAAAAGUCCUAAAAAAAAAAAAAAAAAAGAAUGGCUCUGCACUUUAAUUUUAUUUGCAAAAUAAACUUUAGGAAACUUACUUCUGAACACUUAAAACGGUUUGAAUGUAUUUAAGGUUUUUGGUUUGUUUGUUUGUUUGUUUGUUUUUCAUACGGGGAAACUGUAAGAUUAACCACCAUCAGACUUUAUAAUACGUAAUUAAUACAUAGUCAAAGUACAUUUUACUUAAGUGUCAGAAUUAUGGGUCACACUUGAGGGGAGAGCUUUGUAUUUACUUUACUGUAAAGGACUGAUAUGAUAUAAUCAUCCAUGAAUGAGAAAUAUUACCUGCUGUUGUAUAGAAAAUAACUUCUCUAGGGUGACGUUAUCCUCCAUUAAUGUUCUUCUCAAAGCUAAUACAGAAAGUCUAGUAUUAUAUGUAGACGUGGCAUGCGGAGGUAGGAUAGCACAGGUCUGCUUAUGUACUGCCCAUCUCCUCAAACCUUUAUUUUGACGGUGUUGUAAAAUGGAAACGUGUUAUUGCAACUAGUACAUAACCGUGUUGUUAAAGAGGAACUGUGCUUUUAUUUUCCAUUCUGUUUUUGCAAGGUAAAAUUAAAUAUUAUACGACAGAAUAUUCGUUUUUCUCAGUCGGAGUCAUUAAUGCUUUGUUCAGUAGGAUCUAACAUUGGUGUACGUUCUUUGCCAGACACCAGGGGGCAGUGUCAACAUACAAAAGACUUGGAUUUGGACAUCAUUGCAAAUAGAUUUUUGAUACAAGUGUUGCAGUCAGCAUGUUUACCCAUGUGCCCUAUAUUUGCAGAUCUUUUUCCCUGACGCAUGCACUGCCACGCCACAUCUGUCAUGGUGAUGGUCUACAAGCAUGUGCUUAUGGAGCAAAAUCUAAAUGUGAGUGUUUGAGUCCUUUUGGUUACUGGGUUAACCUGUGCAAAAUCUGAUUUCUCGCCCUGCAGUUUGGCCUAUAUGUAAGUGUGUGUGUGUAAAAACGUGAGCAGUUUUGUGCCUUUAUAGCAAUCACUCUUGACAUUACCAAGACAUUUUUACCUGAGUCCCUUGUUACAGGAUAGCUUCACCAUGUCAUGCCCUUAUGUCCCUGUAAUUGUUCCUCCUCUCCACGUCAGCCCUGAAAACAAUCCAUCCUCAUGUGAUUUAAUUUAAAUGAUUGGCUACAAAAUCCACAUUCAGCUGAUAUGUUAUGCCCACUUGAUUUAUUGUCUCAGGACGCUGAAGCCUCGUAGAGCUUCAACUGCACGGUGGUUUUGUGCCCGAUGCCGUACACAAAGGCCUACAUAAAGAAGCCUUGAGGAUGUGGGAUGUGUUCGAGGUUGAUGAGACAUUUGUCCCCGUCUCUCACUCUCCCUUUCACACCCACACUCGACUGCUGAGAGAGGCUUGGCUGAGCUGUGGCCAUGUAUUCCCCAGGCUGCUGAGCCCUUGGUUUGCUCAUUGAAAGAUUGCAUUCAGUGACCCCCCCUCCCCCCCAAAGGUCACCUGUGUCUGUCUCUCCCUCUGGGUCUUUAUACGCACACAGUUGUAAAACUGUUUUAAAGGAACGCACAACCAAAGGCUAACCCUACGUUGGUUCUGGGAAUGGGUACAUGUCUUGCUUAUUUAUAGAGUUUUAUGUUUAUGGAUUCAUGGGUCAGAUCAGAGCAAAGUGUGUAUGUGAGUGCUGUUAAUGUGGAAUCCCCACCAAGCAAAGCUGCAUGCUCUUACAGACCAUUAAGUGAAUAUAAGCACUGUAGUUAUGUGCAGAUGAAAGCGCCGGGUCAGAUAGAAACCCAAAUCUAUAACAUAGGUGUGUGUGUGUGUGUGUGUGUGUGUAUUCAUAGGCAGAGGUCACAUAGGCUUUGCAGUGUUUUCUGUUUGUAUGUGUGGUUAUGCGUAAUCUCCUUUCUGCUCUAAGCAGCUUUUCCCCGGGGGGAAGAGGCAACAAAUGAACAGCUGACCAAUGCUGGAAGGACUGCACACUACGGCUGCUUUACAUUUAUGUGAUACAAGGGACGUUGUAUGGAGAUAUUUUAUAAAUUCACCCAUUCAAAACAAUGUUUCUGGUGAUUUACUCACAUUUUCCCUGCAUGUACUGGGCGAAACCUGAUGAAAUUAUUUGACCCAAGUAAAUCCACAGUGAUUUAUCACGGUAUAUAUUCUACCUUUCUGUUUGUUGCCACAGUCGGCAUGUAAUGAUGACUAUAUCCCUAGAUAACCAUGUCCUGGUCACUGUUUAUCACUAGGCCACAGUGUUAUCAUUCUGGUUUCCAGCAGGGAUCAGGCUAUAAUCUGCUCUUUACCUUUUAUGUCACCAUGUUUCAGUUUAUGUCUCCAACCCCUGAGGCUGCUGCUUUAAUUUGCCAGAAGUAAAAAAAAAAACCACACACACUUUCAAACCUCCUUCUAUCGUCUUGCCCUCGGCCCAAAGAGUGAU